UACAACAGAAAAUACAGUGACAACAACAACAGGCUUAGUAGAGUCGGCUACUACACCCAAAGCUUCUACAUUUUUACCAGUGACAUCAGCAUUGCCAGCAACUGCAUCGGGCACGACCACAGCAGCAACCAUUAGCAAUGAACCAGAAUCAACCAAGACUACAAUAGCUCAGGUUUCAUCUACUGUGAUACAUUCUGUGGCAGUAGAUACAAUUACAACAUCAACAACAAGCUUAGUAAAGUCUGCUACUGCACCAAAAGCUUCAACCUUUGUUCCAUUGACAUCAGCAUUGCCAGCAAUUGCAUCAAGGACAACAGCAGCAGCAACUGUUAGAAAUAAACCAGAAUCAACCAAAACUACUCUAGCUAAGGGUUCAUCUACUGUAUUCAAUUCUACAACUGUAUAUACAACAAUGUCGACAACAACAACAACACUAACGUCAGUAAAGCCAGUAACAGAGGCUCAUACCUCAUAUGUGUUCACCACUGUAGCACCAACAACAGAGGGCACAAAUACUGAUCCUCCUACCCUUGACGAGGGAAGCAUACACUUAAGAUACAGUCUAAAUGAAACUUUCAGUGAAAGUUAUAACAACCACUCAUCCCUUGAAUUCAUUGCAUUGGCCUCCCAUGUGGUAACUGUGAUAAACAGAAUUUACAGGGCAAGCAAUCUCAGAGGAUACAGGCGAUGCAGAGUCAACUCUUUCGUGAGGGGCUCCAUUAAAGUUGAUAUGACUCUUAUCUUUGAGAAUUCUUCUAUAGUCCCAAGCCCAUUUGAGGUAGAGAAAAUUCUUAAUGGAACUGCUGUGAAUGGUACCAUACCUUUGGACAUCAUACUUGAUACUAUCAAAGCAGGGGAAGUAGUUGCUUCUAGUACACCACCGCCUGCCACAAAUGCAACUUUUGAAUCUACCACCAUGAAAUCGAGUACCACAUCGAGUACCAAUGAGUACACAAACACCACGUCUAGUGCCUUUCCAUGGAUGGUACACUGUUCACUAAUGACUAUAUCUCCAGCUAUUACUGUUUUAUUAGCACAAACUUUGAUGUUUUUGUAAUUUAAAGUGUACUAGGAAAGUUCACAAAAGAAAUAAAAUGAAGGAUGCUUUGUUUAAUAUAAUAUUUAAGCUGAUUUUAUUAUUAAAGAAUGGACAAAUGUUGUAGAAGUUUAUUUUAUGCAGAGACUAGUUUUUUAGUACCAUCAAGUACUAAAACUAAAAACUAAUCUACUAAAUAUCUGGUAGGGUAUAUAUUAUAUCUAUAUCCUAUAGCAUAAUAGAUAGAUAUAGUAUAUACCCUAUGCACUAUGUAAUACUAUAUAGUAUGUAUAUGUAUAUUAUAUAAUAUUGACCGACCACAAGUUACUAUCCACACAUUACUAAUACUAAUGUUAAUAUUAACUAAAAGAACAACUACUAAAUAAAAGAACUAAUUACAUCAUUGAUAGAUUUAAAAAAUGUCAUAUUAGUUAUGGUCAGUCCUACAUCUGAGAAGGACUAGUCAUCAGGGAUUUGUGCAAAUUUAUUUGUAUGUGUCAGAUUAAAAUAAUAUAUAUGUUGCUUUGGAAUAAAGUGUGCAAAUAAAGGUGAUUCACUUCAUUUGUUUAUUCUUGCUGAACACUAAUAUAUUCUGUUAACAUCAUUUAGCUUCCUAUUGUUAUAUAUUGAGAAUUCUUUGUUAUUAAAGUUAAUGCAUUCUGAAAUUUUUUUUUUUUUUUUUUUAUCCUCUUGGCUUUCUAUAAUUAACCAUGGUACCAGUUGUGCAUUUUUGAUCACACAUAUUAGAGUUUACACAAUAUCAGGAAAAGGAGAGAAUAUAAGAUAUAGAAGAAUAGGGAUGUUCUAUCAU